AUGGCGGGGUCACUAAGGCAGCUGUGCCUGUGGACACGAAGCUUGUUGUGUUCUCUGACUUCCAGCUGUGUUCCCUGCACCUGUCUUUACCUUCUGUUCUGGACGUUGCUGGAAUGUCUGCUAGUUUUCCGUAUCAACCCCGUGGAGGAACAGAAACAUUUUGCCUUUUCUGAACGAGACUUUGCGCGGCACCUCCCUUUCCUGGGUUUGUUUCACCCAAUUCCCUGCACUCAGCUGAGCGCCCUCGGGCACUGUCUCUGGAGGGCAGGCGACCCCCUGGAUCUGAAACCAGCUUGUGGCCUCUGGACAAAAUGUCCUCGAAUUAAAGGAAGGAAUGUAACUCCAAAGAAAGAAAAGUCAGCUCCAGGUUCAUUCCCUGCAGCUCAGCUGGCUGUUUAUGUCUCUACAAAGCAUUCACCCCAGAAAGGAAUGUGUACAGCCGGAGGCAUCGCAGAAAACAACACACCCCAAUGUCAGGGUUCCUGCACUCCGCCCUCAGGGCAGCCAGGCCAAGAACAGGAGUUGAUUCUUGACGGAAAGCUCCAAAUGAGACCGGACCUUGAAGGUUCUGCCCUGGAGCACUGGAGGCUGGGGCGGGGGCUUACAUUCCUCGCUGCAGACGGAAGCUCUCUGGAGGCUACUGUCGAGGGUCAGCCUCGGCCUCUCCGUGGCGACACCAUCCGCUAG